GAGCGAUUACCACACAAUACUACAGAUUUUUCAUAAUUUUAUAAUUUGCUAACAGCCGAAUAAGGAAUAAAAAAUAACGUUAAAGUCAUAGAAUUUUUUUAGAAGUUAUGGAAGCCAAAGUUUAAGAUUCAAUUGACAUGGAUAUUCAAAAUAAAGGGAACAUUUUGUUAGAGCUAAUGGAGGAGGCCAUUGCACACGCUGAUAUAAACUGUAGAAAUGCUGCAAAAUCAGCGUAUUAUGGAAUCGAACGAACAGUUGAAGCUUUAUAUAAUCGCAAAAAAAAUUUAGAAGAGGCUUGGAAAGAUAGAAAGAAAAUCUUAGAGCAAUCAGUGGAUUCAUGUAAGCUAGACAGCGAAAUUAAAGUGUGUGCUCAAUGGCUGUUAACUGAUGGAGAAAAGUAUUUAGCAAGCCUUAAAUCUUGUUCAGUAACAGAAGAGCUAACAAUCAUGCUGCAAAAACAUCAUGAUUUUAAAGAACUUUUUGAGAAUAAACAUAAAGAAGCAAAAAAACUUAUUUCUGAUGGUCAAAGGUUGAUUCAGCAAGGUCAUUUUGAUGUGGCUGCAGUAAAGUAUAUGAUAAGUAAACUAGAUCGAUUGUUUAUUUCUUUCCAAAUGAAGCUUGAUCACUUAAGAAAUCUUAUGGAACAAUCUUUAACUUUCUAUGAAUCUGUUAAAUCGGUAACUGAAUCAUUAGAAAAGAUAACUGCCAAACUCGAUAACAAAACGAAUGAUCUUGAAAAAGCAAAGUAUCGUAAAGAAGCUAUUCAAAUAUCUUCAUUGGUUUUGCGUGAAGGUCAGUUGCUUUUAAAAAAAACAAAUGAUGUAAAGGUAGCUGAGCUUUUAAAAAAGCUUAACAAUGUUCACAAAAGUAUUAUGGCUAAGACUGAUGGAAGACAGUUCACUGGAGAUGCUGACCUUAGUGCAUUAAACUCAGAUAUUGAAAUAAUAUCAAAUUGGAUUACUAAUAUUGGUGAGAACUUUUUGGACACUCAUACAAUUGUUGGGGAUCGACAACAAUUAGCAACAACAUUUCUUAAUGAACAUCAACAGUUAUUUGCUGAACUUGCAAACUAUGAAAAGGAAUUACUCAGAAUAAAAUCACGUAAUCUUGAAAUACAGAAAAAGAAAAAGAAAAAUGAACUUAGCGAUAAAAUAGAAAGUCUUCAAAUAAAGUUUUUAUCAUUAUCAGAAAGAAUAAAACAUAGAAUUAACAUUGUUACUAUGGUGAUUGCUUUUAUUGAUCACACAGAUGAAAUUUUGAAAAGUAUUUUUCUUUUGGAAGAAGAACUCACAAGCAAUCAGUCCAAUGAAAAUGUAGAUGCCUCUGUUACCACAAUCAACAGACAGAAGCAAGAAAAAGAAGAGAUUAUCAAUAGAGCAGAAGUUUUGCAAGAAGAAGGUCAAAGAAUAUUGGAUGACCUAAGUUUGUGUGCAUCCGAGAAAUCUCUUGAUCAAGGCGCCAUUAAAAUGAAAAUUGGAAAAGAACUUAAAAGUAUUGUUGUGCAUUCAAUGCAGCUUGAAGAACUUUGGGAUCAACGUGAAAGCCAAUUGGAUUCUCGCAAAAGACUCAGUACACAGUUUUUUGAUUUUGAAAAGGAAAUUCGCAAGGUAAUAAAUGGAGUCCACAAUGAAAAGGAUGAUAUCAUUCAAACAUUUGUAAAUGAAAAUCAAAAUGGUUUUAGAUCUAUUCAAUUAGAAGAAAAAUUACAACAAUUCAAGAGUGUUGCAAAAAUUGCAAGCGGAGAGAUUGAAAAUAUUAUCAAAGAAGAAUCUAAGCUACAAAGUGAUAGUAAGUCUAAACUAUGCAACGAGUCUACAACAAAUCAUUUAACGCUAACUCAUCAGAAGCUCAAAACCAAGCUGAGCAAGUAUGAAGUUUUGCACGCCAUGUAUUCUACAUUCUAUACAUCUGUUGAAAAGUUGGUUACCUAUAUGAAUGAAUUAUUCCAAGAUUAUUUGUAUGGUGUUUUACCGAGGACAGUAGUUUCAGCACAAUAUAAACUUAAAGAUCACUCUAUGGCUUUUAACUCUUUUGAACAGCUUUUUUCUCAAACCAUUCAAAGUAGUCAAUUUAUUUUAGAGUUUUUUGAGCCAACUGAAAUAACUCCUAGUGUUAUUCCUUUGGAUGGAGUUAAAUCGUCAGAGGAAAAGAGUACAGAAGAUAAUGAUUUGCAAUUUUUAAUAUUUCUGCAAGAGUUAUUUGAAGUUAUGUUGGCAACUGAAGAACAUAUUCGCCAGGUCUUAAACUUUAGUAAGAAAUUUGGUGAUUCUCUAAUAUCUGCAGUAACACUCUGUCAAGAAUCGGAUCAGUUUCAUGAUGAGAUAAAAAAAACAGAGCAGCAAAUCAACAUUUUACGCACUAAUGUAUUUAUAAGCGCUACUCAUCCAGAAUAUGGUCAAAUGGAAAAAAAAAAAGUACUGUUAGAAAAACUUUGGGGAAAACUUGUUGAAAUGAUGGAAAACCAUCGAACAAUUUUAAAUACGGCUGUAAAGUUUUAUCAAGUUUGUGAUCAGGUAGAAACUUGGCUUCAAGAUAGUUAUCAGUUUUUAAAAACCACAAGAGGCGGUGCCAGGCGCUGUGCAACUGAAAAAGAUUUUCGAGAACUUAUAGAUCUAAUUGAAAAUUUUCAAUUUUCUGGUGUUGAAAUUCAACAACUGAGACUUGCUCAUUUAUUGCAAUUGGCUGUGCAACUUGAUUAUAGGGAUGUUAAACUACGUGCUCAACUACUCAAUGAAAGCCAAGAAAAAAUUAAUCAUCGUCUUCAGCAAUUACUAAAUGACAUGGAAGGUCAAAUUGUAAAAUUAAAAGAAUUAGGACCUGAUGCAGAAUUUUUUCUUACUGAGUUUCCUGAUGAGCAAAAUGAUAUAGAAGAAUAUAAAUUACAUGAGAGAAGUAUUUUAAAAACGGGAAUACAACAGAGCAUGCAAAAACAAAAAGGUAAUUCAAGCAUCAUUGUGAACAAUUAUUCUUCAGCAGCCAGAAAUAUUAGCUAUUCAGAUAACUUUCAGAAUAUGAUAAGUGAUCAGCCAAAGUUGUUGGUGAAUGUUUCUAGUAACAACACUGUACCUUCAAAUAUUCAACAGCAUCUUUCUCCACUUAUUCAAGCUGAACUAAAUCAACUUUCUAAACAAAAUAAUAAAGACUUAUCUGCUUUUGGCACUAUUAAACCAUUAGAUCAAAGUUGUAUUGAUCCUGAUAUGUUUCAGAUGGAAGUCUCAGUAAAGACUGAUUAUAAUGUUGAAUCUCACCCUCCUACUGCAUCAGUAGAUGAAAAAGGAUUAACUUACACAAUUAAUAAAACACUGGUUACAACAACUAAACAGGUCACCACACAUCUAAAGCAAGAGUUUAAAACAGAGGUUGAGAUUGUUCACAUCGAUAAUAAAGAAGAUCUACCAGAACGUUUAAUGUUAGCAAAUAUAGAACCGGAUAAUGUUUGUGUUUCAGUGACUUCAACAAGUAAAAUGAACAAAGAAUCUUAUGAUGCUGAUUGCAAUACAAAGUUACAGAAAACUAACGAAAAUAUAUGCAAAGCUGUGGAAAGUAGCAUUUUCAAUGAUGAAGCAAAAUACAAUUUUGAUCAACCAGAAAUUAUGUUCCAAGAGUCUGAGAAUUUACAAACUAGCUCAUUAAGACAGUUUGAAAUCUUUGCCAAAGAUGCCAACAAUAAAGUUAUAUCUGUCAGACAUAUUCCUAAUUUCAAGGCAAGUGGUUCCUUACUUAUGUUAGGCGGAGCUCAAAUUAAUGAUGAUCGCCCAUCUUCUAUGGUAGAGUUAACUCUUAGUUUAGAUGGUGUGUUUUCAGAUAUUGAAGAUAAUAAUGUGGUAGAAAAUGAAGAAGAUUCUAAUAAAAUCUCAGCUGAUUAUAAAACCUUUGAGGAAGUUAGUUAUAAGCAUAUAGUUCAUGAUGAACAUAUAGAUCAUUCUGAAAAUAAACUUCAAAAUGAAGUUUACUUUGAGCAACCAACAAUUCAUAAUGAAGUUGAGAAACCUCAUGAAUUACAUGAAAAUGAAGCAAUUGAUGUUGUUAACAAUAUAAAAACUGAUGUUGGUCUUGAAAAUUUAGCUUGUGAUUCAAACGAUUCUUUGCCAAAGAAUAACAGUCAACCAUGUUACACUGAAAAGCCAUUAGGAGAAGUCAUAAAUUGUAAUAAUUUGGUUAAACCACUGUUAGAUGUCAGUUAUGUUGAUUUUGUUAACAAAUUUUUAAAAGAAGAUUCUAACUACAACGACAUUCUAAAUUGCUUAAUAAAAAAUUAUUUUGAUAAAAUAUCGGUGGCACCUUUAAAACUGCAAAAAAACAAAAGUGCUAUAUUUCGUAACAUCAAAGAAUUGCAUAACUUUCAAACAAGCAUUUUUGGACCAAGUAUUCAGUCAUCAACUUGUUUGGAUGAUAUCAUUGACACUUAUUUUCAACAUGCCGGAAAAUUUAUAAAGUUGUAUUCUCAUUUUCUUAAAACAGAAUCUGAUGUUGAAAAGUCAUUGUCAAAUAUUUCGUAUUUUCCUGAUUGUAGCGUUCAUAGAAGCCAAAUAAAAGAGCAUUUGCAGGCUCCACAAGAACAUUUAAAGUGUGUGUGCUCUAUUUUUGAAGAUCUGGUCUGCCAAAUGCAACACACUAAUAGUGAUUCUUCCAAAGCUCAGAUUGUUGUGCAGCUGUUAAAAGAUAUUCAAAAUUUUGUGAAAGUUGACAUAAAAGGUUUUGAGAAGUUUGAAAAAACCAACAAAUCAUUAAUAGAAGAAGUUGAGCAGAAACGAGCAGAAAAUGAACAAGGAACAAAUGGACAAAACUUUAAAUGUGAAAAAGAAAUUGAGCUUGUGAAAAAUGAUGAGCCGUCAAAAAUGAUGAUGCUUGUUCCUGUAGGACAGAAUAAAUGUGUAGAUACUGCAAAUUCUGCUACUAAUUAUUGUAAUUUAGAAAAUGAUCAGCUAACCUCUACAUUAAAAAAUGGUGCAUUAUCUAAUCAACAUUUAUCUGAAGAAAUAACUCACAGUUCUGCAGAAAUAACACACAGUUCUGCAGAAAUAACACACAGUUCUGAAGAAAUAACGCAUAGUUCUCCAAUGAUGAAAAUCGAAAAACCACAAUUUGAAUGUCAAGAAUCACAAAUUGAAUGCCAAGUUAUAUCCCAUGAAUAUCAAGAACCAAAAACUGACUUUAAGGUAGAAUCAAGUAUUGAACUGAUAAAAAACGAAGAAAACAAUAAAAUUUCAGCAGUAAAUGCUACACUAUACAAAUCUGGGGAAGAACAAAAUUUAAUUGAUUGUGUAGAUGAAGGUUAUAUUGAAAGUUCUCCACAAGAGUAUAUUGUUUCUGAAAAUAAAGAUUCUGAGUUAAAAAGUUUAAAAAACAAGUAUAUCAUUGCACAAGGUUAUACAGCAAAAAAAAAAGAUGAAUUAAGUUUACAUUUAGGUUCUGAGGUCUUUGUGUUAGAACAAAAAGGGGAAAGAAGUUACGUUGCAGCAAUUAGCAAGCUUGGAACAGAGGUGAAUAGAGGUUGGGUACCAACUUUUUCUUUACAAAAAAAAGAAGAUGCUGAUAAAGAUCUUAUAUCUGAAAGAGCGAAACCUGCAAAAGUUGUGACUCCUCUAGCACCAUGCUCUGUAGUGGAAGGAAGCACUGCUAUACUAUCUGUUAAAAUUGAUGGAUAUCCUAAACCAGAAGUGAAAUGGUAUUUGGAUGGGCUUCCUGUUCGUAAUGAUAUUAAUCAUUCAGUUUCUCAAAAAGAUGACAUUGUUAUAUUGAAGAUAUCCCCAGCUCUAAUAGACGAUGAAGGUAUAUAUACUGUAAAGGUCAUGAAUGCACUUGGAUCUGCCAGCUGUCAAGCGGAAAUCAUUGUUCAAUCUGAUGAAUCUUCAAUGAGUGGUUUAAGUGACUUUGACUCGGAAGAUUGUAUCAAAUCAGCUUCAAUCCCUUCACCAAGUUCUGUUGUUGUUGGUCAAAAGCUUACAUUCAAGUUACCAAAUGAUGUUGUUGAAUGUUCUCCAAUUGUCUCCAGUCCACCAAUUUUUUUAAGUACUUUGAAAGAUGCUGUUAUUUCUGUAAAUUCAACAUGUUUAUUUUCAGUUUGUGUUAAAGGAGACCCAAUUGUUUCAUGGUUUUUAAAUAACAAGCAACUUGUAACUGAAGAAAAUAUAGUUAUUUCCUCAUCCAAUGAUACUCAUACCCUCAAUAUUUUUAAUGUAACAACCAAGCAUCAAGGGGUAGUUAAAUGUUUAAUAUCUAAUUCUGCAGGCAGUAAUGAAUGUAUCUGUUCACUUGUUGUUCAAGAUCAUGUAAAAAGCAGUGUUCCUAUAAUAAUUUCAUUUAGAGAAGUGUUAGAUGUUAAUGAAAAUACAGAUGCUGAAUUCAUAGUGCAUUUUUCCUGUGAUUCACAAGUCCGAAUUAACUGGUACCAUGAUCAUAUUCAUUUAACAAAGGACUACGGCGUUGAAAUGGAAAUAACUGAUUCAAAGUGUAAAAUGGUUUUACCAGAAGUUACUGAAGAUGAUGCUGGUGUCUAUGAGUGUGUUAUUACAAGUUCUUUUGGUGAGGCAAAGUGUUCCACAUUGUUAAAGGUAUGCAAUGAAAAUACUCAUAGAGGUAGCAUUGUUCCAGUUGACAUUUUACUGCAUGAAAAAGAAGGGCCACCAGAAAUAAUUCAUGGAUUUGGAGAUAAAGAUGUCAAUGAAGGUGAUGUUGUCACGCUUCAAGUGAGAGCUGUUGGUAAUCCUUUACCUAAUGCACAGUGGUUUCAUAAUCAUGAAGAAAUAUAUAAAAAUGAUAACAACUACAAGUUUGAAAAUAUUAUGGAUAAGUAUAAAAUGAUUAUUCCUAUAUCAAAUGUUACUGAUUCAGGAUUAUAUACUUGUAAACUUAGUAAUUUUAUUGGAGAAUCCAGUUAUUCUGGACAUAUAAAAGUGCAUGAAAGUAUCUAUGCUCCAAAAUUUAUUGAGCAUUCUAAAGACAUAGAAGUUGUACCAGGUGAAUCUUGUCAGUUACAUGCUAUUAUCAAAGGGAAACCUACACCCACUGUUGAGUGGUACAAAAAUAAUAGAUCAAUUACUGAAGAAAGAGACUAUAGGUUUAUACAAGAAGAUAAUGCAUAUUUUUUAAAAAUUGCUCACUGCAGUAUGGCUCAUGUUGGUAUGUAUAAAUGUGCUGCAUUUAAUGAUGCUGGUGAGUCAGCUUGUGUUAUGAACAUUAAUCUUGAUACUGAGGAGAACAUGCCUGGAUUUCCACAACCACUUUGUGAUAUAAAAGCAGUAACAGGCGAUAUUGUGAAAUUAGAUGUAAUCAUUACAGGUACACCUUUGCCAGUUGUUCAAUGGUUCAAAUCAGGUGAUCCUAUCUCUGAAAAUGACAAAAUUAAACACCAACAAGAUGGAAAUACAUUUUCUUUGAUAAUUGAAGGUGUAACUGAAGAUGAUAGUGGUGUUUACAAAUGUCUUGCCCAAAAUAACAUGGGUCAAAGUUUGUGUGAAUGUAAUGUGGCUGUAAACAAAGGAAAUAGUUCUCCAAAAUUUAUCAAACCUUUAUCUGAUGUUAUUGUUGGUGUUAAUAAGAAAAACUUACAACUAAAUGUUAUUUCUACAGGCCAGCCAAAUCCAGAAGUACUGUUUUACAAAAAUGGAGCUGUUAUUGAACCUACGUCUCGACUUCAAAUUCUUCAUGAUCAAUUUAAUCAUACCCUAUUAUGGAAGUAUAUUCAAUUGGAUGAUGCAGGUGAAUAUUGGGCUAUUGCUACUAAUAGUGAAGGUGAAGAUAUUACUCAUGGAAAUCUUACUGUACAGGUGUGUGAAAUGGCUCCUGAAUUUUUUGAAUGUGAAAAAAAGUAUUCUGUGUGCGAAGGAGAGAGAUUAGUAGUUUCUAUGAAAGCAAGUGGUGUUCCGACACCGAAUAUAACCUGGUAUAAAGAUGAUAAAUUAAUUACAAAUAGUAAGAACUAUCUAAUAGAAAAUAUUGAUGAAAACAAUACUUGUUAUUCUUCUUUUACAAUAUUGAAAGUGAAUCUCAGCGACACUUUCUUCAAAUGUACUGCUUCAAACACUUUGUUAACGAUCCACUCAGACAUAGAGGUUAAUGUAACUCAACAAAAACAGCAUAUUGGACAUUCAACAAGUUUCAAAGAGCUCACUGAAAAAAAAGUUAGUAGCUUAGCUUAUUCCAAAAGCUUUAAAGAGCCAAAAUUUAUAUCCAUAAAAUCUUCAAAUGCACCAAAAUUUUUACAAAGUUUUCACGAUUGUCAAAUUAAAGUAGGUGACCAACUUUAUUUAGAAGCUAUUGUGACUGGUGACCCAUUUCCUGAGAUAUCUUGGUACAAACAAGACAAACGUUUAUAUAACAGCAGUCAUCUCAAAAUUGUUUCAAAAUCUGUAACAGGUAAGUGUUUUUUGCAAAUAAAAAAUUCUUUAAAAACUGACAGCGGAGAGUAUGAAUGUGUUGCAAAAAAUAAACAUGGAGAAACAAGUAUUUCUUGUGAAUGUCUAAUUGAAGAUCUUCCUGAGGAUACAGUUAAAAUUAUAGGGGAUGUUGAAAAGCCAAAUAUCUCAAAUGUUUGCUCUGAUCUUCACGUAACUACAGGAGAGGAAGUUCAAUUUUACUUUAGUGUUACAGGUAACCCUCAACCUAAAAUAGAUGUUUUCAAGGCAGAUAAAAUCUUUCAACUACCAACAAGAUUCAAAACAAGUUAUUUAGAUGGUGUGUACACAAUGCUUAUUCCAAAAUCAACUGUUCAAGAUGAAUCUAUUUAUAAGUUUGUAGCAACCAAUGUAGCAGGUGAAGAUUCAUGCAUAAUAGAACUUUUAGUUGAUGAUAUAUCGGAGUUAGAAGUUGUUGAAAAGACAAUAAUUGCAGAAAGAAAUCGUUGGAAAUCUGAUACAAAAGAAGAAAUGAAUGAUAAUUCAAGUUCAUCGAGCUCAGAUGAUUUGCCUGCUCGACGACCAUCUUUAAUUAAACCUAAGAAAAGAAGAUCUUUAACUAAAGAUACUUCAACAAAAGAUAAACCAAAUAAAGAAAGUGAGUUUUCUUCAGAUGAUGAAAAUGAACCAGAACAAGAAGAAAAUUCAAACGUUAUUGACAAAUUAGUUACAGAGGAUAUAAAAGAAGUUAUUAAGGAAUUCAUCAGUGAUGUAGACCAUCUUGUUUGUGAAGAAUCUUUGAAUUGUGAGCCAAAUAUGCCAGAAGAUCUCUUGUUUACAGAUAAUAAACAAAUACCUAGUUUUGUAGACACUCAAAAAGAUUGUAAAUUUUUGGCCGGUAAACCAUUAAUUUUGUUACUAGCAUUUAAUGAUUGUUAUCCUGAGCCAUCCAUAUCUUGGUUUAAAGAUGGUAAUGAGAUCAAAAGUGGAGAAGAUUAUCUUCUAGAAUCAAAAGAACGUAUAUGUUCAUUAAAAGUUUUUAAUGCUAAUAUUCAACAUUCUGGUCAUUAUAUUUGUGAAAUAAAAAAUAUAAACGGAUUUGCCAAGUGUGACAUAAAAGUUGAUGUUGCUCCGCAAUUAACUAAACCUGAAUGGAGAUUAAAACUUCAAGACCAAGUUGUCACUGAAGGGGAUUCAAUAAAAUUAAAUGUUGAAGUUAGUGGUCAGCCGCCACCAGAUAUAUUAUUUUAUCAAGAUAAUCGUGUUUUGCAGGCAAAUGAUCGUGUCAGUAUAACAGCCAAUAAAGAAACUGGUUGUUAUUCAUUACAAAUAAUUGAUUGUAAUUUUAAAGAUGGAAAAAUGUAUAAAUGCAUUGCACGAAACAAUCAAGGAACUGCAACUUGCACAGGAACAGUUAAAGUUCAAGAAACAGUUAUUGCUCCACAAUUUUCAAUUGGCUUAGCCGAUAGUACAUUUAUUGAAUCGAAAGAUCUAAAGUUGAAAGUCUCAUCAAGCGGAAAACCAAGACCCUUUAUUGAAUGGUAUUUUAAUGACCAACCUCUAAAAUCUUCAAAUUCCAUUAAAAUGAGAACAGAAAAAGAUUUGAAUAUACUAGAAAUUAAAAGCUGCAAGCUUGAGAAUAGUGGCAUUUACAAAGCAAUUUCGUCAAAUAUUGCAGGUACAUCAGAAACUUUAUGUAAAGUUGAAGUUGUAGAAGAAACUAAAUCUCCAGUAUUUAUUUAUGUUCCUAAGAACAUAAAAACAAUAGAAAGUCGUCCAAUGGUCAUGCAUGUAAGUUUCAGUGGUAAGCCUGAGCCUCUUGUUGAAUGGUUGCUUAAUGGGGAGAAAAUUUCUGGCAAUGCUGAGAUAAAUAAUGAACCUGGUAAAUCAUCUUUGUCUGUGAAAAGUGUUAGCUUAUCAGAUUCUGGAACAUAUACAUGCAAGCUUACUAAUAAGGCUGGUUUUGUGAGCUGUACAAUUAUGUGUGAUAUUGAAGAGAUAAAUUUAAGACCAGCUUUUAUGCAAAAAUUGAAAGAUGUAAUAAUUGUUGAAAAAGAGAAAUUGUUGUUAUGUGUUGAGGUAAAGGGAAAACCUAAACCAACUGUUUGUUGGUUCAAAAAUGACAAAGUAAUAGAAGGCAAUUUACUUUCUUCUGAGAAUUUUCAGUACUUUUUAACCAUUCCUCAAUGUUCACUUGAUGACAAUGGUAUAUAUAAGGUUAUUGCAAAAAACACAGCUGGAGAAACUGUUUCUAAAGCUAAAGUGACUGUUGAAGAGAUGACGUCUCCACCAGUUUUUAAAAAUUUCUUAUCUGAUAUGACAGUUUUUUGCAAAGAUACUGUUGAGUUCAAAGUAAGUGUAGAUGGAAUUCCAAAACCCAAACUAUCUUGGCUCAAAAACAACAAUGUGUUAGAGUCAAAAUUUAAUAUUUCAAUGUUAACGGACGGUCAGACCGAAUCUUUAAAAAUUACAGAUGUGAGUUUGUUAGAUGCGGGUACUUAUACAUGUGUUGCAAACAAUAAAGUUGGAAGUAUUAGCACUGAUUGCAAACUUGAAAUAAAAGAAGCCCUUGUUUUGCCAUUGUUUAAAAAGAAACCUACUCCUGAAAUGGAACUUUCUGUUCAUGAUACAUUUGUAAUGGAUUUUAUUCUGAUUGGUAAGCCGAUUCCAAUAAUAGAAGUUUCAAAGGAUGAUAAACUUCUGCCGCAAGGAAUAUUAACAACUUAUAAUACUGCUAAUGGUGAAGGAACUUUAAAAAUACCAGACCUUUUAAAAUCUGAUGAAGGAAUUUACAAAGUAACUGCCACUAACAGUGAAGGCUCAGCUUCUUUUUCAGUUUGUUUACAAAUCAAUGAAAAUGUUCACUUUGUAAAAAAACUAUCUGAUAUGACUGUAGCAAAAGGAUUGGAUGCUGUUUUUGAGGUUACUUUUAAAGGAGAUGUUGUGGAAGUGGAUUGGUACAAAGACAAUGAAUAUAUAGAUCAGUCAGAAAAGUAUAAGAUUAUUGAUGAAGUGGAGCGAUGUGUAUGUAUAGUUCUUAAGUGUACCCAUCAGGACAGUGGCAAAUAUCGGUGUGAAAUACUCAAUGAAAAGAAUUCCCAAUCGUGUACUGCUGUUCUGACUGUUGAUUCUUCAGAUACUUUAGAUGAAAAUGAUAAAAUAGCAGAUGUUGUUUCUUCUCCAUUUAGUAAACCUACUUUUUUAACCUGCUUAAAAGCUUCUUAUCAAGCUAUAGAAGGAGAUGAUUUAGAGCUUUUAGUCUCCGCAACAGGCAAUCCAAUACCUGAUGUAUCUUUCUAUCAGAAUGGUGUUAGAGUUAUAAGUAAUGAACAUUUUUUUAUUGAUGUUGUUGGAGAUUCUUAUUGUUUGAAAAUUUUAAAUUUGUCAUUAAAUGACGAAGGAGAAUAUGCUGUUAAAGCUGAAAAUGCAGCAGGUGAGAUAUGGAGUAAAGGAAUUUUAUUAUUGCAAUUAAAAAAAACAAUGCCAGAAUUUAACAUUAUUCCUGAAAGUAUUAAUGUUACACAAGGUGAAGAUGUAAAUUUUAAGUUUAGUGUUAGUGGGAAACCAAGUCCUACAGUAAAUGUUUCUUUUCAAAAUAAGGUUAUCUCUGAAACAACAUUUGAUGAUUUUAAUAAACUUAGUUCUGAAGGAGUUUUAAACGGUUUAUCAUUUGAUGGGGAGAUUUUUUGCUUUUGCUUAAAAAACUGUUCUCUGGAAGAUAUGGGAGAGUAUAAAUUUAUGGCUUUUAAUGAGGUAGGAAAUGUUCAGGUUUCAGCAAUAUUGACUGUUGAAGAAGCUUUUAAACCAGCAGUGUUUUGUCAAAAACUUAAAGAUAUUUUUGCAGUUGUUGGUGAUUGCAUACAACUUGAAGUAUCUGUAGAUGGGAAUCCCCCUCCUCGAGUAUCUUUUUAUAAGAAUGAUAUCAAGCUUUCUGAAAGUGAUAACACAACCAUGUCAAUUGAAGAAAAUAAAAUAAUUUUAAAAAUUAACCAAUCCAAUCUUGAUCAUGCUGGUGUCUAUACUUGUAAAAUACACAAUAAACUAAGAGAAGAUACCUGCCAAGCUGUUGUAACAGUUGUACCUCAACCUUCUUCUCCUCGUUUAGAAAUGGCUGAGAGAGUAGUUGUUUUAGAAGGAAAUAAACUUAAUGUUGAGUGUAAUGUCUAUGGAUACCCACUACCUUCUUUAGAGUGUUUGAAAAAUGAACAAAGAAUAAGCUUUAUAGAAUCUUGUGAUGGUUUAGUGAGCUUUUUGUGCAGGCCUGUAGCCGAUUUAUCUCAUGAUGGUAAUUAUUUAGUUAAAGCAAAGAAUCAGCAUGGUGAAACUGUUUUUCAUUUUACUGUAGAUGUUAAAAGACUUGAAAAAUCUCCUAAUAUCUUAAAUGAAGUUAAAGAAAUAGAAUUAACUGAAGGAGAUAUUCUUCUUCUACAAUUUGUGAUUCAAGCUUAUCCUGAUCCAACUGUUUUGUGGUUUAAAAACAAUACGCUAAUUGAGGAAACAAAUCUGUUUACUACUCAAAAUAAUGGAGAUAGUUACUCACUCACUUGUAAAAGUGUAGAAAUUAAUUCUGGCGGAAUAUACAAAAUUAUUGCUGAGAAUGUUGCAGGAAAGUCUGAAUCUACUUGCAAUGUUGUAGUUAAGGAGAAACCAGUAGCACCAUUAUUUGUUGAACCUUUUACUGACAAAACAAUAAUAGCAGGAGAUACAUACACAAUAGUUACUAAGGUAACUGGAAAACCAUUGCCUUCUGUAAACUGGUAUAAAAAUAACAUUAUCCUAAAAGAUAAUGUUUUUGUAAACUUGUUAGAUACUAAUGUAUUAGAAUGUUCUUUAGUGAUUCCAGAUGCAACUGUCCAAAAUUCAGGUAUAUAUAAAUGUAUACUUCAAAAUUUGUUAGGUGAAAUUUCUCAUUCUGCUAAUUUAACAGUACAAGUGCCUUUAUUCCCUCCCGCAUUUGAAAGUGUAUCCAAUGAUGUUGUUGUGUAUGAGGGACAGCAAAUUCUACUAACAUCUUUGUGCACAGGGACAGUUCCUCUUACAGGAAAAUGGUUUAAAGAUGGAAAACCUAUUCAGAAUGCAACAAAAGAAAAAGACCUUGCUUUUAACUAUAAACUAAUCAAUACUCGCAUAUCUGAUUCUGGUCAGUACAGGCUUGAAGUAAGCAAUUGUGUUGGCGCAUGUAGCAACAAUUGGACGGUUUUGGUUAAAGAAGUACAUGUCCCCCCUUCAUUUAUAUCAAAACUUCGUGAUGUAAGUAUUAUUGAAGGUAAUGACCUUGAUGUACCAGUAAAGGUUUCUGGCAAGCCUGAGCCAAAACUUCAGUGGUUUUUAAAUGGUGUAUUGCUUGAAGAAAGUGCUCUGGUCACAUUUUCUUUUCAUCCAAAUAAAAAAUCUGGUUUGUUCAUAAAAUCAAUAACAAAAGCUUUUACUGGAGACCUUGUUUGUGAAGCUACAAAUGAAGCUGGAAAAGUCACAUCAGUUUGUCAGCUUAAUGUGUUAGAACUUACAGAACCCCCAAUAUUUUUGUUGGGAAUUCAAGACUUAAGUAUAUGUGAAGGUGAAACAGCAUGUUUGCAGUGUGUUGUAUCAGGCAAACCAUUACCUAUAUGUACUUGGUUUAAGAUGCAAAAUAAAGUCACUGAAACCGAAAAUUUAAAAAUAAUUCAAAAUGAUAAUGAAUUUUCUCUUAUAUUUUCCAAAGUUCAGCUUUCAGAUCAAGGAAAGUACAAAGCAGUAGCGAGCAAUAAAGCAGGAGAAAGAUCAUCCACAGCAACAUUAAAUGUAUCUAAAAAAAUUGUUCCGCCAACUUUCAUUAAUUUUCCAAAAUCAGUAUCUGUUAAAGAAAAUGACCAGUUGGUGUUAUGUGUUGAAGUCGCAGGAACACCAAAGCCUUUUGUUACUUGGAAGUUUAAUGGUGUAGAUUUGAAAGAAGAACAAGGUUUAAAUUUUGAAGAAAAUUCUGGACAGUUGUUGAUGAAAAUAUGUAGUUGUGUUCCAGAAAAUACUGGUGUUUACUCAUGUACUGCUUUUAAUGAAGGUGGAAAAGUUUCUGCAGAAGUUGUUGUUGAUGUAGUUCCAUUUACAUCUGCACCUGUGUUUGAAAAGCAACUUCAGGAUGUAGAAAUUACAGUAGGUGAGGAUAUUAUAUUGUCUGUAGCUGUACAUGGAGUUCCUAACCCAAAAGUUAAUUUUUAUAAAGACAAGCGUCUCUUACAAAACAUUGAUGGAAUAUAUAUAAGUAAUUGUGAAGAUGAAUGGACAGUUAUAAUUGAAGAAGCACAAGUGGAAGAUAAAGGAACAUUUGAAUGCAAAGCAGUUAAUUCAGCUGGUGAAGUGUCAUCCUUUUGUUUUGUGAAAGUCAUUGAAAUAGCUGAAAAACCUUUUAUUCAACCCAUUGAUGGGAACGAUAACUUUAGUGUGAGAAUUGGAAGUAACAUUUUUUUUGAAGUUAACUUCACAGGAAUUCCCACUCCAGUUAUAGAAUGGGCUAAAGGUGAGUUGCUUUUAGAUCCUAAUAAUAAAUAUGAUAUAAUUGUGGAAAAUGGGUAUUCAUCUUUGGAAAUAUUUAAUUGCUCUGCAGAAGAUGAAGGAAACUAUGCUUGUAUUGCUGCUAAUGAAAGUGGGGAGUAUGAGCAUUUGUUUACAUUAAAAAUUGAGAAAGAAGAUUUGAUUGUUGAUAGCAUUAAUGAGAGUCUAUCAAACAAUAAGCAAGUAAUUGUAUGUGAAGGAUUUGAGGUAUUAUCUACAACUGAAAAUUCAAUUGACUUAAUAUUUGAGAAUCAAUUUCACAAAGAGAAAAAGGUUUCUUCUAAAAAUAUUUGUGAACAAGCUGCUAAAUUAGAAUCUAUUGGCUUUGAAAAAAAGCAAGUACCUUCAGUAUUAAACAGACUUAAGAAACCUGGAUUAAUUAAAAAUGCUGUAGCACCUUCAUUUUCAAAGAAGCCGCAAGGAAAAAAUGUAAAACUUGGGUCAAGUGCAAAAUUUACAUGCAAUGUUAUUGGAACACCUGAACCAAUUGUUAGUUGGUAUUUCAACAAUAUUGUUAUCAAGACAAACAGUAAUUUUUUAAUAAAAAAUAUUUGUGGUUUGACAACUUUAGAUAUAAAAAAAGUUACGUUUGAUCAUGUGGGAGAGUAUAAGGUUGUUGCUACUAAUGAUGCUGGAAAAUGUGAAGCAGAAUUUGUGUUAAGUAUUGAUGGUAAAACAAAUUUAGAAGAUUCUGUUAAAUCAAAAGAAAAUUUUGAAGGAAAAGGACUUAUGGCUAAAUCCAAAGAAGUGUCUCGUGAAUCCAAAGAAUUGCCUCUUCAAUUAAAGGAAGUGUCUCUUCAAUCGAAAGAAAUGUCUGUUCAACCAAAAGAAGUUUCUGAUCAAUCAAAGGAAGUGUCUGUUCAACCAAAAGAAGUGUCUCUUCAAUCAAAGGAAGUGUCUCUUGAAUCCAAAGAAUUGCCUCUUCAAUUAAAGGAAGUGUCUCUUCAACCAAAAGAUGUUUCUGUUCAACCAACAGAAGUUUCUGUUCAACCAACAGAAGUUUCUGUUCAACCAACAGAAGUUUCUGUUCAACCAACAGAAGUUUCUGUUCAACCAAAAGAAGUUUCUUUCCAAUCAAAAGAAGUUUCUGAUCAACCAAACCAAGUUUCUGUUCAACCAAAAGAAGUUUCUGUUCGAUCAAAAGAAGUUUCUGAUCAACCAAACGAAGUUUCUGUUCAACUAAAAGAAAUUUCUGUUCAAUCAAAAGAAGAUUCUGUUCAAUCAAAAGAAGUUUCUGUUCAAUCAAAAGAAGUGUCUGCUCAAUUAAAGAAAGUGUCUGUUCAAUCAAAUGAUGUUUCUGAUCAAUUUUUUUCUGAUCAAGCAGAUACUUUUGAAAGAAUUUCUGAAAUCAAUUUAAAAUCCGAAGUCAAUGUAAAAAAUUGUGCAAAUAAUGAGUAUGAUAAAGAGAAAAUGUCUGUUCAAAGUUUACUUGCUGAGCCUGAAAAAUAUCCAGAAAACAAUUUUACACGAAAACCAUGCGUUAUAACAGAAUUAGAAGAUGAUACUGUGUUUGAAGGAGAUUUUGUUCAGUUAAAGGCUGAAUUUAGUGGGCAGCAACCUCUUGAAUUUACAUGGUUUAAAGAUGAAAUAGAGCUGAUUGAUUCACCACGAUAUUGUGCUUACAGUGAAGGUGGCUGGGCAAUUUUAGAAAUUAGAGAUGUUAAAUUAUAUGAUGAAGCAGACUUUGCUUGCAUUGCAUCCAAUGAAUAUGGUGGCUGUGAAACAUCAUGUGAACUACUGGUUGAUGAAAAACCUAUUGUAGAAAGUAUAGAAAAAAAGAGUGCUCCAUUGGAUUCUACAACGUUUGAGAAUAAAGAGCAACAGAGUGUUCUACAGAAAUCUGUGAUAGAAAAAAUAAUGUCAAAGAAUGAAGAAAACAUGGAGUUGGAUUUAAAAACAGAAGAAAUUAUCACGCCAACAAUACCACCAACAACACCAUUAACACCACCCAUAUCACCUAUACUACAAUUUACCUCCACUUCUCCUACUUCUCCUACUGCUGCUACCUUUUUGCCACCUAUAGCAAAGAAACCACCCAAAGCAUUGCCUAAACCUUUGUCAAAGCCUAUACCCAAACAGGACUCUUCAAUGGAUACCAAUAAUGUUAAAAAGACUAUAGUUCAUGCUAAGGCUGUUGUAGAUGAUAUCAUGGUAGAGUCACAAAAUGUUUUGACUGUUGAAUCUGAAAUUUUUUUAGCUGAAAAAGCAGGUAAUACAAUUUCAAAUAAAUUAAAACAUACUGGUUUUGAAAAACUAACUGAAACAUCUGUUGUUUCAAAUCCUGCUGUUUCUACAGCUCCUAAACCGGCUGCUAAACCAAAGAAGAAAACUACCAGUCAGAUUGAUAAGAAUCUGGACACAAGUCAAGUUAUAGGUGAUUCAAAAUCAGAAACUCAAGAAAAAAAAGAAGUUAUGAAAGAAAUGCCCAAAAAACUUGAAUUGUUAGCAGGUUUAGUAGAUGGCGAGUUUGUUGAAGGUGAACCUUGUGUACUUAGUGUAGAAACUAACACAAAAGAGCCUCUUCAAGCAAAUUGGUAUAUUAAUGAAAACAAGAUUGUAGAAGAGGCUGAUUUAUUCAUUGUCUCAGAACCACCAUUUUAUAAAUUAAAAAUUGGCUCCUUGCUUCAAGAUGACGCCGGAGAGUAUAUGUGCGUAUUAUCAAACAAAAUAAAUGAAUCUGUUUCUUCUACCUGUUUUAUAGAAGUUCUUGAUUGUGAUAUAAAACCAAAGUUUGUCAGUAACUUAAAAGACAUGGAAGUUGAAAGUGGUGACAUGAUUAGGUUUACUGCUGUUGUACAGGGCUCCUCUCCUCUAGUUACUGAAUGGUAUUUUAAUGGCCACCUUAUCGAGUCAAAUGAAAAGUAUUGUAUUGACAAUGAUAAAAAUAGUUAUUAUUUGAUAAUUAACAAUGCAAAUGUUUACGAUGCAGGUGAAUAUGAAUUAUAUAUUGAAAAUAGUGCAGGUAGCUGCAGUUCUACUGCAGAACUUUGUAUUGUUGAUGUUAUUAAUGCAUGUCCAAUUAUUAAAAUCUUGAACAAUGAAAAAUUAAUUGUUAAAAAUGAGGGUGAUUUUAUAGAAUUUAAUGUAAGUAAUGAGAAUAAAGUUGAAGCAAAUGUUACAUGGUACAAAGAUGGCGUAGAAAUACACAAGUCAAACAAAGUUAAAGUUUUACAAGAUGCGUCAUGUUACACUUUAUUAAUAGAAAAUCUUUUAGCAAAAGAUUCUGGUGUUUACACUUGUCAAACCAGGAAUUCAUAUGGGCAGACAGAGGUUUGCUUUGAACUGACUGUAAAAGCUGACGAAUCUGCACCACAAAUUAUUCAAGGAUUAGAAGAUGUUCAUAUUUUUGAUGGUGACAUCAUUCUUCUUUCAACAAAACUGCGCCAGGAUGAUACAAAUGUUGUCAUUUGGAAAAAAGAUUUUGAAGUUAUAAAAGAAAGUCCAUUAAUAAAGAUGUUAUCUAAAGAUGGAAUUUGUUCACUUAGUAUCAGAAACGCAACUGUUAAUCAUUCUGCUACCUACACCUGUGAAAUAAAAAAUAAGUUUGGAAAAAGCCAAACUUCUUGCAAGGUUCUAGUAGAAAGAAAACCUGUUUCACCAAUGUUUAAAAAAAAAAUGCAAACAAAGGUUAAUGCAAUGGAAGGAGACAAAAUUGAAUUUGUUGUUACAGUUGAAUCAACACCUUUAGCUGAUGUUAAGUGGGUUUUGAACAACAAGGAUAUUGUUGAGGAUGAAACUGUUCAUAUUGUUAUUGAGGAUGAUUCAAAGUUUAAACUUUUGUUUGAUUCUGUUAAAUUAUCUAAUAGUGGAAAGAUCAAAUGCAUUGCAACAAAUAGUGUUGGUACAGCAUCGUGCAUUUCAGAACUUGUUGUUAAACAAGGACCUCCUAAAGUAAUUAGUAAAUCAGAGCCAGAGGUUAAUGUUGUUUUGAAUGCAAACAUAAAAUUGGAAGUAGAAAUACCUGGUGAUAAAAAAGAUUACAAAGUUGAAUGGUCCAAAGGAGUAAAACCAAUUUUUCGCAGCACAAAAAAGUAUGAAGUUGGAAGUAAUGGUGUUGAUCACUUUUUAAUUAUUUUUUGUGCACAAGAGAGUGACCAAGGUAUUUAUAAAUGUCAGGUUACAGGACCAUCUGGGCGAACAACAAAAGAGUUUAAUGUGUUGGUUAUAGCUCCAGAAAGUAAAGCACCAAUUGUUCUUGAGCGUUCUGAAGAAGAAAUUAUUGCCACUGCAGGAGAUAAAGUAAGUAUAUUUGUAAAAACUCUUGGUUAUCCUGAACCUCAAGUCAAAUGGCUAAAAGAUGAUGCAGACUUAUCUUUGACUGAAAGCAUAACAAUAUCAAAUAAUGAUGGAAUGCACUGUCUUAAUUUCGAUUCUGUUAGCCAAAAAGAUGAUGCUGAUUAUAUUUGUAGUAUUGAAAAUGAAUCUGGUUGCAUUGAAGUCAUUUUUUCACUUAUUGUCAAACAACCGCUGCAGAAGCCAAAUUUUUUAACUCCCUUGUCUGAUCUUAAAGUCGAGGAAAACAGUGAAGUAGUGUUUAGUAUUAUUGUUGAAGGUUUUCCUAAGCCCUCUGUAGAGUGGAAUCUUAAUGGGCAAGCUGUUAAAGAAAGUGACAGGUUUCAACUGUUUGAUGAUGGUAAUGGACAGUAUGUGUUUGUUAUUGACAACUGCUUAGUUGUUGACAGUGGCAUAGUUUCAUGUGUAGCUAAGAAUACUGCUGGCGAAGAUAUCUGCCAAGCUGUUCUUACUGUGGUGAAGAAAGAAGUGAAGUUAAUUGUUGAACCAUUGUCAAACACAAAAAUGUUAGUAAAUGAAAAAAGUGACUUAUGUUUAUCAGCCAAAGUAAGUAAUGCAGAAAAAGUUGUUUGGCAUCACAACAAUAAAAUAUUGCGAAAAUCUAACAAGGUUAGGUUUUCACAAGAUGGCUAUGUAUAUAAAGUUGAUGUUUUAAAUGCGUCAAUGAAUGAUGCUGGAGAAUAUAUAUUUGAAGUUUUUUGGUUGAACCAAACAAAGAGAGUUAGCUUCAAUGUAGAGGUGAACAAACAAGAACUAACAACUAAUGAACUUGUCUUGAUAACUCAACCACUUCCUACUUUUGCUAAACUAAACACUGGUGAUACUCUUCAUUUGGAAAUUGAAUUAAAUAUAACUGAAGAAACAGAUGUAAUUUGGGAGUUUAAAAAAAGAAUAUUAUAUGAAAAUGAUAACACAAAAUUUUUUCAAAAUGGGGCAAUCCAUUAUCUACAAAUUUCUAAUGUUAGUUUUGAAAAUCAAGGAGUUUAUGAAGUUUUUGUAGGAAGAGGUGAAGAUGAAAUUUCUUGCUCUUGUAAAGUUUAUGUUGAAGAUUCUGAAACUACCCAUUCAUUGAAGUCAUUCAAUGAUUCUAAAUUUUCAGGCCAGACAAAUUUUGAUGAGCAUAGAACAAAAAAGGUUGAACAAGAUGGUACCCAUCAAGAUGAUACACAUCAAUUGAUUGGCAUUAAUAAAAGUUCUGAAAAUUAUAAUAUUAUUAAAAAAAAUAUUGAGCCACAUUCUGUUCAAUCAAAAGAAACAUGUUCAAAACCUGUUAUUGUUGCGAAGUGUGACAUCAACCAAGCUAUUCUUGUUGGUGAAGACAUAAAUUUAUCAGUGCAAAUUAUGACAGAAGAUAGAACGUCUUUGAAAAUUGAAUGGUACAAAGAUCGCAAAUUGCUAAAUGGCAAUCAUAGUAAACAGCCUUGCAUUAAAUUUUUAGAAAAUAAUUCCAAAUUAGUCUUAAAAGAUUCAAAACUUUUCGAUGCUGGAAUAUAUAAGUGCUUAGUUACUAAUAAACAUGGCAGCUGUGAAAUAGAAUUUAAUGUCAAGAUUUCAGCAAAAAGACUUGACGUCAAGCCUGAUAUUUUUCCAAAGUUUGAUAAAACUAUUCAAGUAAAUAAUGGAGAAAAGUUGGUUCUUGAGGCUGAGGUCAAUGGAUUUCCUUCACCUAAAGUUGAUUGGUACUUCAAUGAUAUUCUGUUAAAGAUGUCUAAUAAUGUUAAAAUAUCUUGUGUUAAAUCUUCUCAUAUAUUGACUAUUUCCAAGUUUGAAGAAAAAAACAUUGGGUGUUACAAAGUAGUUGCUUGCAACAAUGCAGGUUCAACUGCUGUGUUAACUGAUGUUUUCCUCAAUUCUCUUCCUAUAUUUGUUCAAGCACUAAAAUCUCAAAAAGUGUUUGCAUUAGAUCUGGUUGUGUUUUCUGUUCAGGUUCUCUACUGUGAUAAAGUCAAAUGGUUUUUAAAUAAUCUUGAAAUUGAAGAAGAUAAGAACUUGCAAAUUAAGAAUGAAGACAAUAAUUAUUCUCUCUCUAUAACUCAUGUAAGUCAUGAAGAUGCUGGUGUUUAUGAAUGCCAUGCAAUUAACAUUAAUGGAACUUCUAAAUCAAGUUGUAUACUAACUGUAGAAGAAAACUCUUUACCUAUGAUUAUGUGUAACUUACCUGAAAUAAUAAGAAUUAAAACUGGAGAGACAUUGUUAUUGGAUUUUAAGGUCAAUAGCAAAAUAAAAAUAAAAGAUGCAAAUUUUUUUAAAUGUGACAUCGAGAUUAUGGAGUCAGAUAACAUUAAGAUAUCUCACGUUGGUUCUCUUCACUCUCUACAGAUUACUAAUGUUCAAGAGGAAGAUUCUGGUAUUUAUUUGUUUGAAGUAGUUCUUGAAGACAAAUUUCUGGAUAAAGAGAUAGAAGUUCAUGUUGAGCCUGCAGUGAAAUUGACUCAGCCACUGUCCCCUGCUAUCAAACCUAAACCACAAUCAUCAACCAGUCAACCAACCAAAUUGUCUAAACCACAAUCAUCAACCAGUCAACCAACCAAAUUGUCUAAACAACCUGAUCUUCAUGUUAAACAAACAUUAGAUGAUUGUGAAAAUAUAAAAAAGAGCAAAUCACCAAUGUUCACUACAAAACUAAAAGAUAUUGAAGCAUUUGAGAUGAGCGCUGUAAGAUUUGAUGUUGAUGCUAAAGGAGAUUCCAUGGAAUUUAAUUGGUAUAAGAAUGAUAUUUGUAUUGAUGAAGAUGAUCAUUAUUUUAUUGAAGAAGAUGAUGAUAGUAGCACUUUGAUUAUACGUGAAGCAGCAGUGAAAGAUAGUGGUUUAUACCAAUGUAUAGUUUUUAAUAGAGAAGGAGAAGAUAAAACAUCAGCUGAGCUUUUUGUGCUUGGGUUGGAUACCACAGAUGAAAGUAGCUCAGAAGAAGAUUCAGGUAGUGGCUCAGAAGAAAAUUCAGAUAGCGGCUCAGAAGAAAAUUCAGAUAUUGAGUCAAAGAUGUCAAACGAAUCAGUUUCAGAUGAAAGUGUUAAUGAAAUCACCCCUGAAAUUAUUAAUCCAUUGUGUGAUCAAAAGGUUUCUAGUGGUAGUACAGUUAAAUUUGUUUGUCGUGUGGCAGGUUUAACUGAAAACUUUUUGCCUGCUGCAUGGUACAUGAAUGAUAAACUUUUGAAACUAAAUCAAAGAGUUACACAAAGUACUGAAGAUGAUUAUAAACAAUUUACUCUAUCAAUCUUAAAUGUUAGCUCUUCUGACAAUGGUGUAUAUAAGAUUGUAUUUAGAAAGCAUGAUGAAGAAAAUCUGAAAGUUGAAAGUUUUGCUUCUUUAGAAGUUAAAGAUAAUGAUACUGAAGGCAAUGUGAUAAGCACUAAAAAUGAGGAAAGCAAAGUUCAACCAUCAAAACUGCCUCCUUUUAAAAUUAAAAAAGAUUUUGAAAUAGAAGUCAUCGAAACAAAAGAUUCAAAAGUUAAAGAAUGUAAACCAAAAGUUCAAGCCAAAGUUAUUCCUGCAUAUUCAGAAAGUGAAAAGGAUGUCGUGGUGGAAAAUGAAAUUUUUGCCAAUAAUGUUGAAAUCGCUUGCAACUCUCCAAAUGAAAAAGAAGAGUUUUUUGAUGAAGAUGAUGAAGUAGCUCAGAUCAACCUAAAUGAUUCUUCUGGUAUGAAGUUUCUUGCAAUUAAAGAAAUACACCAAGGUUUAAAUAGAGAAGUAUUGAGACAUCAGUUUAAAAGUUCUGGUAUUGAUGUAAUUGUCAUGCCUGCUACACCACGUGAUUCCCCUCACCAUUCAAAACCAGAAGUUGUAAAAAAACCAGAAGAUUUGGAACUAAAGGUUGGUGAUGUUGCUGAAUUUCAUAUGACUUUGAAAGACAGAGGUGAUAAUAUUGUUUCUUGGAAGAAAGAUGGCAACUUUUUGUUUUCAUCAGGUAGAAUCAAAAUAUGGGAUAAGGGAAAAUCUUUUUUUUUACAAAUAAAGAAUUUGGUUGAAAGUGAUGAAGGAUUAUAUGAGUGUCACAUACGCAAUGAUUUUGGAGAGACCAUGAUUGAUGUAGCACUUUCUAUAUAUUCUUCGGAUGACGAUUCAGUAGAAGAAAGUGAUGAAGAUCAAGUUGAUGAUCAUGAAAUUCAUUUGAUAAAACAGCUUGAAAAUCAGUAUAUCAUUAAUGAAGGAGAUCCCUUAAAACUAGAAAUUGAGACAGAAUAUAAUGGCAAACCUUUAUCAAAACCUUUAUCUUCAUUCUGGUACUACAACAAUAUGAAGCUUAUUGCUAAUGAAGAUAUUCACUUAUCUUCCAAUGGAGAAAUUCACACAUUAUUAAUACCAGCAACUUUGCUUGAAGAUGAAGGUAACUACAAAUGUGUGGUGUCUAACGAAUUUAGCGCUGUUGAGAGUCAAACUAUAGUAUACAUUGAUAGCAUAAAUCAAGAACCUAAUAAUAUUGAUUUAGAAAAGCCUCCAAUUAUAAAACAAUUAAGAGAUUGUUCUAAACAGAUUGGUGAAGAGGUUGUUAUUGAAACAGAAAUAUUUGAUGCUAAUAUUGUCAAAUGGUUUAUUAAUGGUCAAGUUGUAUCACAUUCAAAAAGAAUUCAAUUGGUAGAAAGUGAUGGAAUUUAUAGUCUUAUUAUUAACUCUUUGACACAUGCUGAAGAAGGGGAAGUUAAGGUUACUGCAAUUAAUGACUUUGGAAUAUCUGAAUCUGUUUGUGAGUUGCUUGUUAAAGGAAUUGACGAUAAGGAGGAAGAUACAGAAGAAGUUGACGAAGAAAUAGAAGAGGAGGAUGAGGAAAAUGAAGAAGAAGAAGAACUGGAAAGUGUUACAGAAGAAAACACUACAUUUACCCAAAAUGGACAGUUUAAAGAAAAUAUAAUAGAUACUGUUCAAUCUAAGAAUGCUCCUUUAUUUCUUAUUCCGCUGACUUCACAACAAGUUAUUCAAGGAAACUUUGCUCGCUUUGAUGUAGAAAUUAGUUGUAAUGCUCCUUACAAAGUAAAAUGGUUGUUUGGUGAUGUAGAAAUAAGCAAAAAUACUUCUAAUAUAACGUUGUUGUCAGAUGAUAAUUUGCAUUCAGUUUUGAUUCCUGAAGCUCAGUUAAUAGACACUGCUUUACUCACAUGCAUCGCUUCUAAUAUAUACGGAGAGGCAUCUUGUUCUGCAGAUUUACUUGUUCUACCAAAAAUGGAAGAUUCAAAUGAUAAUAUUUUCAAAAGUUAUCAAAAUUGCAGUGCCAUAAAUAGUCCAGAGGAGGAGGAUUACUUAAUGUUUACUGUAGUAGAUGAUUACAGUCCAUUAAAAGAUGAUUUCCUAUUUUUAAAGAAAGGCGAUCUUGUUGAAGUGCUUGAUUCCAGUCGAGAUGAUGCUUGGUUGGUUAGAAACACAGCGACUCUUGUUGAUGUUGGCUUUGUUUCACCAAAUGUUUUAAAAAAAUUUAAACAAAGUGAUUAUCUAUCUGAUGAUGCUCAAAAUAUACAGACCAAAGAACACAAUAAAGAAGAUAUAUUAAGAAGUCAAAAAGAAUUGGUUAAAUAUGUUGCAAUUGCAAACUUUGAAGCCAGAUCACCAAGUGAAUUAAGUUUAUUUGAAGGAAUGGUUGUUAUGUUGCUAGAUGGUAUUCCAAGUCGAGAAUAUUGGCUUGUUCAAGUAUUCAAUGAGGACGGAACAUGUGGCCCAAUUGGUCUUGUACCAAGCACUCAUUUGGAACUCAAAGUCCAAAACAGAGCACCAAUUGUAAAAGAUUCACAAGAUAAACAAGACUCAAAUCGUAGUCAUCGAGACAAAGUUCUUAAAGAGAUAUAUCUUACAGAAAAGACAUAUGUUGAUCAGUUAGGAAAUGUUGUCAAGAACCAUAUUUUGGAACUAGAGGAUCCAACAACUGAUAUUCCAAUUAUUUUGCAAGGAAAAUCAAAUAUUAUUUUUUCUAAUAUUGCAGAUAUUCAUAAACUACAUUUUAACAUCUUGUUGCCACAAAUUGAAGAAUCUGUCACAGAUUAUAUAUCUAUGGCAUCUGUUUUUUAUGAGAAUUCAUAUCAAAUUGAAAAACUUUACCUGGAGUUUUGUAUAAGUCGACCUGCUGCAGACGAAAUACUUAAUAAACCUGAGAGCAUUGAAUUCUGGGAUGGAUUUCAACAUGAAAUUGAAGAUGGUCACUCUCUUCGUGCAUAUUUAAUUACCCCUGUACAGCGUAUUACUCGUUACCAGCUAUUGCUAAAAGAAAUCCUAAAGUAUACUACUCGAUUGGAUGAAGAUACAACUGCUGUUGAGAAUGCGUUGUCAAAAAUUAGUCGAAUAAUUCAAAAUGUGAAUGAUUCAAUGCAUGUGAUGAAGAUUAUUGGAUAUGAAGGUGAAAUACCAUUAGAUGAAUGUGGUUCAGUGUUAAAAAGGGAUGAUGUGUUAUGUUGGGAGGGUAGCAAAGGUCGAGGCAAAGGCAAAGAACGUCAUUUAUUUUUAUGUGAAAAACUUUUAAUUGGUACUAAAAAAUCAGAAUUACACGGUGAAGUUAGUUAUAUGUUCAAGUUUUGCAUGAAGGCUUCAGAUGUAGGUCAAACUGAAAACAUUGAAGGUUUCCCAUCUCGCUGGAGUAUCUGGAGCGGAAAUUCUGCAUCCACUGCUAGCUCACAUUUUACUUUAGAGGCGAAGUCAGAGCAUGAAAAGGUUAGUUGGGUAACUGAACUACGGGAGCUUCUUGCAAAUCAAUUAACAGCACUCAAAGACUCUUUGAGACUAAAUGUAUCCUUAGUACCUGUUUCACCUUUACCACCAAAAUCACCAAAGGUCUUAAAGAGAAGUAAAACUGAAAGUGACAUUGUGACACCAUGGAGUUUGGGUGAGGACCAAGAAACUGCUGCUCUAACAGAAAGUAUGGGACUCUCAUCUUAUGAAACACGUCAGAGGCAAACAGGAGACAUUAUGGAACUUGAAGAAUCAUAUUUAGCUGCAGAGUAUAUAGAGAUUUCUCCCCCAAUGAAUGUAUUAAUUGUUGGAGAACAGUAUGUUAUGAAAGAAAGCACAAAGACAAAAGGGUCAUGUAAAACAAUUUUGCAGCAAGGUGAUACUGUUGUUCUCUUAGAAAAAGGGAUGUCAUUGUAUCUUGUUGAAUUGGUAGAUGCACCUGAUCCAUCAAAAAGAACAUGGGUACCAGCUUCGUAUCUACUUCCAGUUCAUGCUAAAAAGAUGGGUAUACCCGAAGUAAUCACAGAGUUAAAGCCUAUUUCAGCUAUGCUAGGUGAUAAUGCAACAAUUUCAUGUCAAUUUAGUGGUGUAAUUGAAAACUUCCAAUGGCAACAUGAAGAUCUCUUAAUUGUAAACACAGAUAAUAUUGAAAUUAAAUGUGAAAAUGGAAUGAUAGCUUUAAGCAUUAAAAGUGUGUGCUUGGAAGAUGAAGGAAAUUACUUCCUUACUGUUGGAAAUAAAUUUGGAACAAAAACAAUUUCCACAAUAUUGACUGUAGAAGCUCCUCCAAAAAUAAUAGAAUCAUUCAAAUCAGUUAUUGCAUCUUUGGGUGAAACAGUAUCAUUUCCAUUAAGCUUUAAUGGCUGUCCUGCUCCUCUUAUAAAAUGGUAUAAAAAUGGUCUUGAAGUCGCUGAUGAAGGAAAGUAUAUAAUUGAGUCAAGUGACACAAACUCUAUUCUUGAUAUUGCUGAUAUGGAAAUAACUGAUUUUGGCGAGUACAUGUGUGUUGUAACUAAUCAAUGGGGGCAUGAUAGCUGUACAGCAAGUGUAAUGUUGAAACCUGCUGAUAAACCUAAACCCCCUGGUGCAGUUAAGUAUGAUAAAGUUACUGACAAAUCUGUUUCACUAUCAUGGGUGAAGUCUACUUCGAAUGAUGUUUCUUACAUUGUAGAAAAGCGCAACUGUGAUCAAUCAGACUGGCAAAUAGCUUGUGAUGAAGUGAUAAAUUCUAGUUGUAUUAUAAAUAAUCUUAAUCAGGGAGAAGAGUAUUUUUUUCGAGUAUUGGCACAAAAAGAUGGAGUAACAAGUGAUCCAAGUCAGGUUUCAGAAAAAGUUUUGAUUGAAGCACCAAGGCGAAAGAAAAAUUUAAAAAAUACUAAACGUCCAGAUAAGUCUGGUAAGAGUGGAGAUGAAAGCGAUGAUGAGAUUUUCGAAAGCCCUGUUAAAAAAUCUCAAAGCUCAGAUGAAGAGUUGGAUAGAAGCAAAGGAAAAUCAACUCCUCGUGUAUUAAAAAGUCCCUCAAAUUUAUCUGCUCGUAAUAAAGGUCGUUCAAGAUCAAGGAGUCCAAUGCGAGGCAGAGAAACAUCUGCUUCAGAUGCUGAUGAAAUAUUAUUUGGUCCCCCUUACUUCAAGAAAGAGUUAGAAAACUGUUUUGUUGUUGAAGGUGGCAAGGCUCAGUUUAAAUGCAAAGUUAAAGGUAAUCCACCUCCUGAAAUUCAAUGGUAUAAAGAUAAUGAAAAGAUUGUUGUGGGUAAGCAGUUUGCAUUAUCAGUCGAUAGAAAUAAUUAUGCACUUGUUAUUAACCAAUCAAAUCAUGAUACAGCAGGUUCAUAUACUUGUGUUGCAUUUAACAGUGAAGGAACUAUAAAAAGUACUGGAAUUCUCUUUGUGGAAGGAUUACAGACAGAAUAUGACUCAGAAACUGAAGAUGAAAUUUCUGAUCCUGAGCCUCAAGCUAAAAAGCAACCAGUAGAUCUCAAAAAAGAUGAUGUUGAAAAUUACUAUGUGCUAAAAGAAGAACUUGGAAGAGGAAAGUUUGGUGUAGUAAACAAAUGUGUUGAUAAAUUUUCUAAAAUUGAAUAUGCUGCAAAAUUUUUAAAGUAUCGUCCAAGUGAACGAAGCAAUAUACUAAAUGAGAUUGACAUAAUGAAUUCUCUUAACCACAAGCGUUUGAUUAACCUUGUAGCUGCAUUUGAACAACCCAAACAAAUUGUUUUAGUUUUGGAAUUAGUUACAGGUGGAGAGUUGUUUGAAAAAUUGACUGAAGAGGAGUAUAUAUCAGAAAAAGAUGUUACUUUUUAUAUGAAGCAAGUUCUGCAAGGCGUUCAACACAUGCAUGAAAAUAAUAUUCUUCAUUUGGAUCUAAAGCCUGAAAACAUAAUGCUUGUGAAUCCAAGAAGCACGCAAAUAAAACUUAUUGAUUUUGGUUUGGCAAGGCGUUAUGAAAAAGGAGGAACUUUAAGGGUGUUGUUUGGUACUCCUGAGUUUAUGGCUCCUGAGGUUAUUAGCUAUGAUGAAGUUACUAAAGUCACAGAUACAUGGUCUAUUGGUGUUAUUACUUAUGUUUUAUUAAGUGGUUUAUCACCAUUUGCUGGAGAUGAUGAUUCAGAAACAUUAACUAAUGUUACAAAUGGUGAUUGGGAUUUUGAUGAUCCUGUUUUUGAGGACAUCAGUGACGAAGCAAAAGAUUUUAUUUCAGACCUUUUAGUAAAAGAUCCCAAAAAGCGAGCUACUGUUAAAGACUGCCUUGAUCACCCAUGGUUUAUGUUUAAAAAAUUUAAGAAAAAGAUUCGAACUGAUCGCUUAAAAGCAUUUACAGCAAGACGCAAAUGGAAGAAAACUAUCACUGCUGUUCGAAGUUCAAAUUUUUUAACACGAUUACUAACUGGAAUCAAGACAGAUGAUAAAAAGGCAACCACAAACACUGGACCUGCAUGGACUAAAGCUGAAAAUUUAGAAGAUGACAGCAUUAUAGCUCCUAUAUUUACUGAAAAGUUAUCUGACCUUAAAGUUAAGCGUGGAGAUAUUGGAAUCCUUCAGGCUUCAUUUAUGAAUGGUAGUACAACUCCAACUGUCUGCUGGAAAAAAGAGGGAAGAGUUAUUUUAGAUAGUAAACGUAUACACAGCUCAGUUUCAGACAAUACUAUUAUGUUUAAAAUUAUUAAUUGUCAAAUGAAUGAUACCGGAAGGUAUACUCUGCGACUGGAAAAUCAAAAUGGUGCUACUGAAUGCUCAGCUCAGUUAAUUGUAAGAGACAAACCUUCGCCACCUGAUGUUCCUAUAGUACCUCAAACUUUGCCUACAUCAGCUCUUGUUCAAUGGCAACCUCCUUUUGAUGGCAACUCUCCCAUAUUAAGUUACAAUUUACAAUAUCGUAAACUUGGUGAUAAGGAAUGGUCUACAUUUGCAGAUGAAAUUAAAGAAGUUGUUGCAGUUAUUGAAGAUUUAGAGCCAAAUAGUUUGUACAAAUUUAGAGUGGGUGCGGCCAAUGAAAUUGGAAGAAGUGAAAUGAGUGAAUCAACAGACUUAAUUCAAACUCCUUUAGAGAAAACCAGUCACGAGCGUACUAGUAUUAAUGCACCAGGUGCACGAAGAAUGUCAAGAUCAUCCUCUAUCAAAGUUGCACCAGAAUUUAAACGGUUGUUAAGCAAAUCCGAAGUGGCUUUAAAAGAAGAAAAUCCAGAGCAGUAUUAUAAUUUCAAAGAUGAAAUAGGAAGAGGAAAAUUUGCUGUUGUAAAGGUUUGUGCAAGUAAAGCAACAGGUGACACCUAUGCUGCAAAACUUGUGAAGUAUGAUGAAGAUACCAUGGAGGUUACCAAAAAGGAAUAUGAAAUAUGGCGGUCUCUAAAUCAUCCUAAAUUAGUUCUUUUACGUGAUGCUUAUAUUGUGAGAAAGUACCUAAUCUUGAUAUGUGACUUAGUGAAUGGGAAACAUGUUUUGAAUUACUUAAUCGAUCUUAAAGCAGUUAAUGAAAAUAUUAUCGCAAACUGUAUUAAUGAACUGUUAGAGGCUUUACAAUAUCUACAUAGUCAAGAUGUGUGUCAUUUGGAUAUAAAGCCUGGAAACAUGAUGAUGGUUGGUUCUAAAUUAAAGCUUAUUGACUACGGUGUCUCGCGUAAAAUUGUAUCUAAAGAAGGAGAGGUUGGGGAAAUGGUUGGAACUGCAGAGUUUAUGGCUCCUGAGACUAUUAACUUUGAACCGGUAAACAAUCGCACUGAUAUAUGGAGUGUUGGUGUGGUUACAUAUGCUCUGCUGAGUGGCGUGUCUCCGUUUGCUACUGAUGACGAAGAUGAAACUAAAGACGCAAUUACUGCGCUUGAUUUCAGGUUCGAACCCAGGGAGUUUUCUACGGUCACUGAAGAAGCUAAAACAUUUAUAAAGCGAAUUUUAAUAAGAGCUCCUGAAAAGCGUCCGUCGGCCCAACAAUGUCUACAAGAUCCUUGGUUCAGUAAAAAUUUAGAAAAUGCCAGGUUAAAAUCCUUAGUUCCUAUUGAACGUUUGAUUGAUCUUUCUGAUAUGUUAAAUGAACAAGAUUUUCUAGAAAACGUACAUGCUUCAUUGGUUUUAAGGACUUUUUUACAAUCGCCUUACGACUCCCCAGAGACAAGUUCAGAGGAAGAGAGUGACUCAGAUGGUCAAACUUAAUUUCGCAUUAUAUAAAAAGUUGUAAAAUAUUAAAUAUAAGAUAUUGUAUUUAGAAGGUUUUUAUAUAUUUAAA